GCGCAUUUUCUUGUUGAUCUAGCCACAGAUUUAACAUCUACCAGACAACCUUCAGUUCUUCUUAAAUAUCCACGCGGAUUCCGAGAUAAACAUAUCAGAUAGAAUGACGAGCUCUAAUAAGGUUGAUGGUGUAUUCCGGAUGAGGUCCCUGGGGACUGCAACGCCUGGUAUCUCGGACCAGUAUGCGGAUGGGAAGGCAGCAAAAGUGUGGCAACUAUAUAUAGGUGACACAGCCACUAGAACCUCACAGUACAAAAACUUCCUGGUCAACUUGCUCAAGGAGAAUGGAGUAGAACGUGUACUAGAUGCAGCAUGUGGUACUGGAGUAGAUAGUAUUAUGCUCAUAGAACAGGGGUUCUCGUUGACCUCCUCCGACGCCUCGGACAAGAUGUUGAAGAAGGCCUACAAGACUAGAUGGGAGAGAAGGAAGGAACCAGCUUUCGACAGUUGGUGUAUAGAGGAAGGAAACUGGUUAACCCUGGACCAGGAUAUCUGUGUCCCUGAGGGAGGGUUCGAUGCUGUUAUCUGUAUGGGAAAUAGUUUUGCCCACCUUCCAGACUUCCACGGAGAUCAGAGAGAUCAAAGGAAAUGUAUAGAAAACUUCUAUAAAUUGGUGAGACCUGGAGGAAUUUUCAUCAUUGAUCAUAGGAAUUAUGAUUAUAUUUUGACCCAUGGCACUGCACCUUCAAAAAAUAUAUACUACAACAGCACUCAUAUUAAGGAUAUAAAGACGAGUGUUCUUCAUGUAAACAAUCGUCCGAAUCUGAUCACUCUGGACUACUUCAUGAAUGUGGAGGGUAUGGACGAGUUCUCAGAGUGUGAUCAAUUUAGGCUCUCCUACUAUCCCCAUACUCUCGCAGGUUUUACUCAACUUCUAAGGUCUGCAUUUGGGCCUGAUUGCAAGCACUCUGUGUAUGCAGAUUUCAAGAGCUUGGAAGAAGAACCUGAACCUAGUUUCUAUAUUCAUGUCAUAGAGAAGUAAACAACAGUUUAACCCUAUAUUGGGGGAGGGGGGGGGGGCUCCUUUUUUGUUUGUUGCUCAAAGAUAAAUUAUAGGUUUUGAAAUUCUUAAAUGUAACGGAACAAAUAAUAACUUUCAAAUUUUGUGAACAUUCAUAACAAACAAUGUUUGCAAAAAAUAUUUGGAUACAAUAAUUCAAUAUCAUUCAGGACAAGAUAUAUCUCGGGCUAAUUAGGCACCUCUCCCCUCCCACCCCGGGGAGUAUAGGGUUUAAACUAUUAAUUGUCUAAAACAAGAUUGAAAUUAUAAAAUUAGUAUUAUAAAUGCUUAUGGUCUGAAUUGCACUGCAAAACAAUUUGUAUGUGUAUUAUAGUUAUUUACUGUUAAGUUAAACAUUUAAGUGAAAUUGUGAUGUAUUAAUUAAAACAAAAUAAUCAGUAUCUGGUUCAUAUUUGAACCUACGAUAUUCAACAUUUACAUCUUUUGGUGGAUUUGCAACUUUUUUGAAUUUAUGUAGAUAUGUAAAAUGUUAUUCAAAAGAAUGAAUAUUUAAUAAAAAAAGCUUUCAUAUUA